AUGGGACUCAACCCUCUACAGAACGCUACCCCUCGGCAGCAAAUCCCAAACGAAGCUCCAAGCUUCUUCUCCCCAUUCUUUGAGCAACCAGGAACGUCUGCUAGACUCUCCGUAUGGCAGCCGCCACCUGUUGAGACAGCUCCUCGGUCGAAAGCUCCCAACAACAGGCCAUUGCAACCUCCUCAGAUUCCUACCGUCGGCGCCACAACCCAUACUACUCGCUUGACCAUUCACUCAAGGAACACCAGCGCAGAUGAUGGGAGGAAGAAACUCUACGAGCCGAAGGAGAAGAAGAGCAUGGACGAGAUCAUGUGGCUGGGUUCUGUGACUGGAUUCCUUCCCCCAAUCCCUCCCCCAAUGAGAGUUGAAGCUUCUCUCCGGAGCAAGCUGGUUAGAAAACCGGAGGACAAAACAAGUCAGGCCAGUGCCCUUACCCAGGCAACCCGAAAGAGACUACUCGAGGCAGCAAAAUCAGAGGAAGAGAAGGCGGCAGAGGCAAAAAAGAUAGCAGAUGAGGCCGCAAGGGAAAAGAGGUUACUGGAGUGGGCAACCAAAAAGAAUGUGGCGCCGAAGAAGGUUUCAGUGGAAGAGAAGAAGCCUACACCCGCAGUGAUUCCCUUCCCCCAGCCUGUAGAAACGACCUCGAAAUCAACUGCUCCAGGUGGUGUACGAUCCUCAGGAAGACGCGGUAAGGUAUUCAUGCCAGUACCUCAGCCGAUCGAAACCAUCAGGAGGAGCAAUCGACCAAACUCAAACCAUCGCCCCAACCUACCUGACAACGUUUCGUCGUACGCUCCCAGCAAUCCCAUCCUUCCUCAGCCAAUUGAGACGACAAAGCGCAGCCACCGCCCUGAGAAGCCCCCGGUGAAGAACAAGAAGAGCGAGGAGGAGACUUUAUGGAUGGGUCUACCCCAGCCCGUUGAAACUGUGCGGAGGAGCAACAGGAGAAGUCCUCUGAGCAAGGACGAUGAGGGUGCUGAGGUAGGUAAGAGAGCACAGGUAUCGCCAAAGCACUCGGCCCGACACUCGACCAUCUCGCCGAAGGGGACAAUGUUCGCCCCACAGCCCGUGGAGGUCAACAAAAAAACCAACAGACCCGAUUCCAUCCAACUUCCGCAACCCAUGGAAGUUACCAGGAGGUCAAACCGGCCCAUUGCACCCCCGAUCCAGAAGCCGGAUGGACCUCCUACACCCACUACCUCCUUUUUUGGCCCCAUGACACCGACCCAAGCGCCAUCAUCACCGCUGCCCGUACCUUUCGAGAGCACCAGACGCUCACACCGUCCCAUCUCGGGUAGACCCCUGGUACCGCAACCGAUCGAGACCUCCCGCAGGUCAAACCGCAUCAGGGUUCCUCUACCGGAGAUGCAGAUUGACUCGAACCAGCAACAGCCCCUGCCGAAUGAGUUGCCACAGCCUGUCUCGGUUUCAAGGUGGACUAACCGCGAAAAAGCUGGCGCGAGACAUCUCCGAAGAACAAGCACCGACAAACCUGACACUCCCGGACUGUAUAACACCGCCCCAUUCGUACGGGAUAGAGAAAGAGAAAGACGGUUGGUCAAGAAGACCUGGGUUCGGCCUAUCGAUCACGUGUCGCAUCUUCACGAACCGAUUGACUCUGCCCCGCCAAGUCCAAUGGUCAGCCCUCAAAGCUCUAGAUGUCCCAGCUUGAGCUCAUCACCAACAUCAUCGGCCGCGAGCUCGACAUGGGAUGUCGCUUCCAAGGUCAGCAAAGCAUCGCGUAGUCACGACAGGCGAGAGUCACUGGAUGAAGGUUUUGCUGGAUAUAUUCUUGGGUUGGAGCGGGGGUUGAAGAAGAACGGUGCACUGGGGACUGCCGGGCGCGAGCGGGAGAGGGCCAAAGAAGAGUCAGAAUACCCCUUCCCCGUCGUCACGGAGGAUGUAAACAAGCACGACGAUAAGAGAAUCCGAACCGAGGCUAGCGACCCUGGUCCAUCCUCCGGAGCCCGAAGCGAAAGCUCCGAGACCAUCCGCCCAAGGUUGACAGCUAUCAACACAGACCCUGGCAUUCUCGAAACUAAGCAGACAGAAGAGGAGCAGGACUAUCCGAUAUGUCACUCACCUGUUUACUCGCGCUUUAAGGUACCCGUCCCGGAGCCUGAGCCACUUUUCCUCGACCAUGAACACGAGGAGAAACCGCACAAGGGUUUCAACAACACACGCAUUUCUACUGAAGAUCUUGCGAUGGCAAAGCCGAUCGGUAUUGCGGUCAACAAAGGAAACGCCCAGCUCCCAACACCCCCGGAUUCUUUUGAAUCGACAACAUCGAAAAUGCUCUCACCCACAUUAGCUUUGGCAAUUGCCGGGGGCCCUCAAACUGCACCUGCCCGCGUUUCAUAUGCGCCUAUGUCUCCAUCACCAGGUUACACUGUUGCCUCGCUGCCACCAGCAAAGAAGCAUGACAAUGUCGACGCUGCCGAGGUUGCUGAAGAACUCGUCUACGGUGUCAUGCGAUAUCUCAGCUUAGAAUUCGAGAACGUGGGACGAAAGUAUGACGACGAACUUUCGUUGUUCACUGGUCUGUCGAAGGAGUUGGUUAGGAAAGAUCGCAAGUUUGCGGUCAAAAAAUAUGUGGAAAGAUGGGUCAGGGAGAACCCAGAAAUCGAAUGCGGCGAAAAGAAGAAGGGUGGUUUGUGGUAA